GGAAGUGUAACGAAGACACAGUCCAACACAGUCCAGGCUUUUGUCGGCUGUCGCUACUCGCUAGAAACUUUUUAUCAGACGCAUUUUGGAUUUGCUUUUUAUGCUUACGUGUAAGAACCAAAAGAGAGAGAGAGAGAGGUUGAAGUACAGUUAAUCAAUUGAUCUUCAAAUCAUUGUGUGCUUGUGUGUGUGAAAAUGAAGUAGUAGUGUAAGUUAAAGUGUUUCUGUUUCUUGGUUUUACAUUUUCUAUUACUCUCUUGAUCUUGAUGUGUGUUUCUUUCACGAGGUCAAAUUAUAUUAAUCUGACUGCAUGAGAAACUUGGGUUUUUGCUAUUUGAUUAAUUCGCAAUUUGGGGUUUCAUAUAAGUGUUUGGUUUUGUCAUUUGUGUGGAAAUGGAGAACGAUAAGAACAUCAAUACAAUCGAAAGACCACCAAUUGAGAUGCUACUGAAGAAAAUCCAAGAGCUAGAAAAAGGCCAUGCCCACCUCAAAGAAUCGAUUUCAAAGCUCAUAAUCUCCGACGAGUACAAAAAAUCAGUAUCACCGGGCAGAGGCGGCGCCUCCCAGACCUUCUCCAAAACGGAAUCUUCAUCUUACCGGAAAAUUUUACCACCGAGAAGAGAAAACAAUAAUGAUAGGUUCCAUGAAGGCGGUGGCGCGGCCGUAGACGGUGGUGGGGCCAUGAAGCUGACAGAAAAUCAAUAUAUAAACAUAUUACAGACAAUGGGUCAAGCAUUGCAUGUAUUCGAUCUCACAGGUCGCAUAAUCUACUGGAAUCAAAUGGCACAGAGCCUCUAUGGUUACACAGUCGGAGAAGCCAUCGGAAAAACUGCUCCCGACAUCAUUAUACCACCUAAUUAUUCAGAAUUGGCUACUAUCAUCAUACACAGAGGAUUACAGGGAGAAAGAUGGUCAGGGGAGUUUCCUGUUCGAAAUAAAAGAGGGCAAAAGUUUACUGUUAUCACUAACGUCUCGCCAUUUCACGAUGAAAAUGGAACAAUUCGUGGUGCUACGUGUAUUUCAACUGAUUCUCGUCCAUUUCGAGAAAUAAUUCCACAAUUAAACGUUAAUAUUGCGCCAUGGAGGAUUUCUUCCUCUAGAUUUGGUCUUGAUGAUCAACAACCUCUACAAACUGCAAUCGCCUCAAAGAUUUCAAAUUUGGCUUCCAAGUUCAAGUCAAAAAUAAAGUCAAGAGAGAACAACGAGGAUGAUUUCACCAAGAGUGGAGACUAUCAUUAUUACGAUAUUGCCCCUUGUGAUCAUACUCAAGAUAUGAAAUCUCCAUAUGGACAUUUUACAGUAAAGCCCUCAACGGAUUCUAGCAGGGGUAGUGAAAAGGAAAACAAACCUGGGAUCCAUGAAGUUUUAUCUUCAAAAGCAGAGGCAUGGUUGGGUAAAAAGGGAAUUUCAUGGCCAUGGAAAGGAAAUGAAAGUGAUCAAGAUCAUGAUUAUGGUCCACAAACAAGUUCUAGUGCUUCUAUAAAAGUAGAAACUCAAAUGCAUGAAAGUUUUAUUAAUACUAAUGAAGCUCCAAAGUCGUUGUCUUCUUCAUGUGGUGCAAGUAGCUCAGGGCGUAAUGUUAUCUAUAAAAUUGACAUUGAUAUCGACAAUUUGGAUGUUGAAGUAUCAUGGGACGAUUUGGUAAUUAACGAACAAAUUGGACAAGGUUCUUGUGGGACCGUAUAUCAUGGACUGUGGUAUGGAUCGGAUGUCGCAAUCAAAAUGUUUAGAAAGCAAGAAUACCCUGAAGAUGUGAUACUAUCCUUUAGAAAAGAGGUGUCUCUCAUGAAAAGACUCCGACAUCCGAAUAUUUUGCUCUUUAUGGGUGCAGUUACUUCACCUCAUCAUCUAUGCAUUGUUUCAGAGUUCCUUCCACGUGGAAGUUUGUUCGGGUUACUUCAAAGAAAUACAACCAAAUUAGAUUGGAGACGCCGCAUUCAUAUGGCCAUGGAUAUUGCACGAGGGAUGAAUUAUCUUCAUCAUUGCAACCCACCUAUCAUUCACCGUGAUUUGAAGUCUUCUAACCUUCUUGUUGAUAAAAAUUGGACAGUGAAGGUUGGUGACUUUGGUAUCUCGCGUAUCAAGCAUGAAACUUAUUUGUCAACAAACACCGGGAAAGGAACACCUCAAUGGAUGGCUCCAGAUGUUCUUCGUAAUGAGCAAGUGGAUGAAAAGUCGGAUGUGUAUAGCUAUGGUGUGGUAUUAUGGGAACUUACUACUGAAAAGAUUCCUUGGGAUAAUCUGAACUCAAUGCAGGUUAUUGGAGCUGUAGGGUUCAUGAAUAAAAGGCUGGAGAUUCCAAAGGACAUCGAUCCACAAUGGGCUUCUCUUAUAGAAAGCUGUUGGUCCAGUGAACCAAAAUCCCGACCAACAUUCCAAGAAAUACUAAUUAAACUCAAGGAUUUGCAGAGGAAGUUGGUGAUUCAAACUCAAGUUCCCCGUAGAGUUAACAGCAAUCAAAAGGGAUCAUAAAAAGUUAAAACAUGUGAUGAUCAAUUGCUAGAGGCUUCAAUGGUUUUUCUCAUCCAAGAUUUUAGAGAUGAGGUUGACAAGUUGCAUAUUCGGGCUAACAUUGAAGAAGAUACUCAAGAGUUCUUGUUACUUGUAUAGUAUAUUUACCAACGAGGACUGACCAAAACAAGAUGAGGGUAGACAAGUAGAAGCCAUCUUUUGUGUUGUAUGUAGGUAUGUAUGUAUGUAUGUAUGUAUGUAUGUAUGUAUGUAUGUAUGUGUUUUCAUUAUGUUUAAGUAGGUGGAUGGAUCCUCCAUUUCCAAUGGUUAGUUCAUAGUUAUGUAUAAUGCUAAUUGAAAACAUUUGUUCACAAACAACUUACAAAAAGAGACAGAUCAUAAUGAUUCGAACGCUGAAUAAGCUUGUUCA